AUGCCACUACGAUCAUUAUUAAAUGCUGGCCGCAAUAGGUACGUCAAGGACCGGUUGGUAGAGGAAGGGGUUGACGUCUAUUUGCAAUCGCUCGAUAGUUCAAGCACUGAAAAGGCAGACGAACAAAAAGGGGAAGCCAUAUCGAGGUUGUUGAAGAAGAAGGAUGUUCGUUUGUUGAGGCAUAUGGGCAUGGGGCCGCUGGGUUUUGUGUCCAAUUCGCUCAGAAGAGACUGUUGGUAUGAAUUGUUAACGUCGCAGUUGCAUAUCGAUGAUGCUACGGAGUACUUUUUGCCGGUAGAGAAACAUAAGGAUGAAGGCCAGGUGGCACUGGAUGCAGAGAGGUCUUUUGGCGGGAUAGCAAACAAGAAGUUGAAGGUACAGUUGAAGGCGUUGCUGGUGGAGUUAAUUACCGACAUAUUAAGGAAGUACCCGUCGCUGAACUAUUACCAAGGUUACCAUGACAUCGUAUCUGUUUUCAUUAUGUGCUUUAGUUGGGACGUCACUGAAGAGAAAGGGUUGGAAUGGGGGUCUCUCUCGUUGCGAGAACAAAUUAACAUUAAUAAAUUGUUUUACUGUGUUGAGGCGUUUACAUUAUUAUAUCUGAGAGAUUUUAUGAUGAACUCGUUAGAUUUUUCAUUCGAACAAUUGAGCUUAAUCUCAUUACUGAUAAAGGAGUCGGAUCCGAAAUUCUAUAACGCUUUCCAAUUCGAUAAGAAUGAACCGCUUUUCGCUAUUGGGUCCAUACUGACAAUCUUUGCACAUAAUUUAAAGCCAAUCGAUAGCGGCGACACCAACCUACACAAGACACUUUUCCAGAUCUUUGAUAUGACGAUAUCCUCACAAUCCAUGCAUUUACCUUUGAUCAUAUACAAGAACUUGCUAUUGCAAAACGCACCCGAAAUAUUGAAGCAAAUAGAAGCUAAUUCUGAGGUUUUUGAAAACGAUUUCGAUUUGCGUCAUGGAGCUAUACAAACAGUCUUACAGAAAAAAUUAUACGACGAAUCGCUUUGGGAAGAAGUUUUGCAAAUAACUAGGGACCAUUCGGCAAAUGCUAGCAGGAGGGUUUUAAAAAGGGUACGUUUGAACAAGUAUAGUACAUUACUCAAUACAGCGUGUGGCAACCCAUCCAGUUUCCAAAUGGACGCCGUUGUUUUCUACCUAGACGAACAAACUAAGAUGAACGAACAGUAUAAGAAGAACAAACACGACGGAAUCGCAACUAGGUCCAAGACAAGGGCACUAGUCCAGAGGCUGGGCCAUUUUUUGCCCCCUAAGUAUGAUAAAUGGGGCAAGAUAUCUUUACUAAUCGGAAUCGUGGCCAUCCUGUACCAACUACGGAACACGAGGUCGUUAAGUCUAGUACUCAGUUUACGAUACAUGAUAUCCACAAAGUUGAAAGACCUGUCACAUGUGAAUAUGAAUUUGCAUAACGUCAAUAACGUCUGGAUGGAUCCAAUCAAAGAUAUCUUGAGGUUUGGACGCCCAAAUAGAUAA